CGCCGUGGCCACGUCUCCCGACGGGCGCUUCCUCAAGUUUGACAUCGAGAUCGGCCGCGGCUCCUUCAAGACGGUGUACAAAGGGCUGGACACCGAGACCACCGUGGAGGUGGCCUGGUGCGAGCUGCAGACACGAAAGCUGUCCAAGAUGGAACGGCAGCGCUUCAGUGAAGAGGUGGUGAUGCUGAAAGGGCUCCAGCACCCAAACAUUGUCCGCUUCUAUGACUCAUGGAAGUCUUCUGUCAAAGGACAGGUCUGCAUUGUUCUGGUCACAGAACUCAUGACCUCAGGCACCCUCAAAACAUAUCUGAAACGUUUCAAGGAGAUGAAAUUGAAGGUCCUUCAGCGCUGGAGCAGACAGAUCCUGCGAGGGCUGCAUUUUCUGCACACACGUUCCCCUCCAAUUAUCCAUCGUGACCUAAAAUGCGACAAUGUUUUCAUCACAGGUCCCACUGGCUCAGUCAAAAUUGGGGACCUUGGCUUGGCCACACUCAAGUGUGCAUCCUUUGCCAAGAGUGUCAUAGGGACCCCAGAAUUCAUGGCUCCAGAGAUGUAUGAAGAGAAAUACGAUGAAGCAGUCGAUGUUUAUGCCUUUGGCAUGUGCAUGCUGGAGAUGGCAACUUCAGAGUACCCCUACUCGGAAUGCCAGAAUGCUGCUCAGAUCUAUCGCAAGGUCACCUCGGGCAUGAAGCCCAACAGUUUUUACAAGGUGAAGGUGCCUGAACUGAAGGAGAUCAUUGAGGGCUGCAUCCGGAUGAACAAGACUGAGAGAUACACCAUCCAAGAUCUUCUGGAUCACUCCUUCUUCCAAGAGGAUACAGGGGUCCAUGUGGAGCUGGCUGAAGAAGAUGAUGGGGUGAAGUCCAACCUGAAGCUUUGGUUACGGAUAGAUGACACCAAAAAGCUGCAUGGGAAGUAUAAGGACAACAAUGCCCUGGAGUUCCAUUUUGAGUUGUAUAAGGACGUUGCUGAGGAAGUUGCCCAGGAAAUGGUGACCUUAGGUUUUGUGUGUGAAGCAGACUACAAGCUGGUGGCCAAAGCAGUACGUGAGCGUGUCCUAGCCAUCAAGCGCCAACGUGAGAAAACCAAGAAGGCUCAGGAGGAACAGAAGGGGCACGAGCCGGUUCCAGCAAUGUCUACAGAUAUCCUGCAUUUGCUGGAACUAAGUCCUCCCCCACCUCUCAGCCCUGCCCAUCCCUUGGUACCUGCCUCACCAGGAUCUGGGGAUUCUGCACUUGGCCCAACCUUUUCCCCCGAGCCGGAAGAGCCAGAGGUAGACCAGCACCAGACCUUCCAGUAUCAGCAUAGCUAUUCCUCUGCCACAUCUGACUGUGAGACUGAUGGAUAUCUGAGCUCCUCUGGAUUUGUGGAUUUGCCUGACAUGCCACAGAGGCUCUCCAGCCCAGCCACUGCCCCCGAGCGCUCCUUUGCUUCGAGCUUUGCUGUGAGCCUGAAGCCUGCUUCCAUCAGUGAUUUCUCUUCCCCUGUGGACAGCUACACGUCAGACAUGCCAUCUGGACUGAGUGACGGCUAUGAGGGUAUCCCUGCAGGUGAACGCAGAACAAAGCCCCUGACCAAGCGGGGAUCUGGCAGACUACUGGGUCACCGGGCCCGAUCCCACCUACGCAUCACAAAUAUGCCAGAUCAGAAUGACCGGGUGGUUGAGUGUGAGUUGCAAACAUACAAUAACAAGAUGGUGACCUUCAAGUUUGACCUGGAUGGAGACAGCCCAGAGGAAAUCGCAGCUGUCAUGGUUGCCAAUGAAUUUAUCCUGAAAACUGAACGAGUUGGAUUCAUCCGGCGAAUCUGUGAUAUUAUCCAACGCGUGAAGACUGUUCUGUGCAAAGAUGGACAGAACAAUGGCCAAGGGUCCUCAGGCAACCCUGAAAUGCAAUGUUUGUCCUCUGCUUUGGCUGCAAAUGAACACUCAGGUGAGCUACCGCUGCAAGAUCUCUCAUGUUCCAUGUCUUCAUCCUUGGCUCUCAAUGAUUUUGGCUGCUCCAGUCCUGGGCAUUAUCUGUCAUCUCCUGUCCAAGUUUCAUUGGUGGAUGCCUCCUCUGAGAAUCAGUCCUCUAGUUCCAUGGUUACCCCCACAAACAUGCAGAGUUUGGAGCUGCCUCAGUUUUCAACACCAGCCACAGGUGUUCCCAGUAUGUCUGUACAAACCUGGCCGCCUUAUCACAGGGUGCCCAUGACUCCAGCAUCCUCCCCAUAUUUUCUCCCCAUUCCUCAGCCAAUCACCCCACCAAGUUCCCUUCUCCCUGUGUCGUCCUUUGCCUCACCCACUGCCCCAACUACAGUACCUGCUCCACCUGUCCCACUGUGGACCCCCUCCAUUUCCCCGUUGUUCUCCCUUGCCAAUGUCUUCUCACUGACUGUGAUGAGCAUGGCCCAGACACUUCUUCCAAUGUCUUUAGCGUCUGCCCAGGCAGAGCCGCUCUACACCUCACCAAUUCCACAGUCAUCAGUGCUCUGCCUGCCUAGCCCAACUGCGACACAUUUUAUCUACCCUGAGGUAUCUCCCACCAAACCCACCCAGCUAGACAAUGAGAUGUUUAGGCCACUGGUAUCUCCAGUCAGUCAGCCAUUCCCAAAUGCCCCACUCACUGGGAGUCCUGACAACAACAUGGUGCUUCCUGUUUCCCCCUGGUCUGGAUCACAGUUAAUAGUGUCCAAUUCACCCACCUCCAACGGCUUCCCAGCCCAGUUCUCGCCCAUCAGUGAAGAGGCCAAGCCGCAGAUCCUGGGCCGCUUCCAGGUGACACCAACAAGGGACCUGCCUCCUGAACCCCUUCCAGGGAGCAAUAAGCCCAGCACCCCGAGCACUUCAGACUCUGGCAGUGGGUCUCCAACUGGAACACUGGCGCAGGAAGCAGAGGAGGGAACCACCCUAGUGGCAGAAGGAGAAGGGGAAGGGGAGACCUCACACAGCUCCCCUUCUGUUGUCUGGAUGAAUUACCUGCAUGCCCAGUCCUAUCCAAGCAGUGAUGACUCAGACAGUGCUGAGGAUGAAGAUGUCUGGGAUGAGCUGCAGGCCUUGCGCCAGAAGCACUUGUCUGAAGUACAGACUCUCCAAGCCAGGCAGAAGCAGGAGAUAGAACAGCUCUACACCCGCCUCGGCAAGGUGCCACCUGCUGGAAUCCUGUCGCCUGCUGCCAUGCUCUGCAGCCGCCAGCGCCGCCUCUCAAAAGGCAGCUUUAACCCCUUGCGGCGCAGUAGCCUGCAGCGCAUAGACUUGGCACAAACCCAAGGAAUCAUGAGGAGGAAUUCUGUAAGCGGUGGUAGUAGCACCUCCCAGGAACAGCGACAAAGCAAGGGUGUGAAGUUUGCCAGUGAUGUUGGAUGUGUGGUGAAGCACGGCCUAAGCCGGGAAAUGUAUAACUGAGUGGUGGUGGGUGUUUUUUGGUCUUUUCACCUGCACUUAUGGGAUCUGAAAUGAAAAGUCUUGUCUUGUCCAUGUCCUGGUAAAUGUCUCCUCUCAAAGUACAGGAAGCAGGGCUAAAAAUAGGUUAAUUCGUUACUUUGCUUUCCCCUGACAGCUGUCAAAAGGCAAUCUGUUUACUGAAAGCAAAACCAAAAUUGAUUAAAGUAAACCCUUUGCAAGUGUAUCCCCCUUUCCCAGUGAAGUCCUCUGACAGUUUCAUUGUCCCGCACCGUUUCCACCAUUUUCUGAGCCUCUAGGCACUUGGGAGAAUGGAAAGGUGUGAAUGGACUCCAUUUAUGGGAGCACAGAGUUUUGACAGCUAGCUGGCUGUCAAAAGUGAACUACUUUUAGAGCACCAGAACUCACCCCAAAAAUUCCUUAGGAUCUUGCUGCAAAGGGGUUCACCUAGGCACUACCCCACUUUCACUAGCAAGGAUCAUUUUUGGCUUUGAAAUCUUUUGACAGAUGGCCUUCUGACAGCUGUCAAAGGAUUCCAGAGGGAAAUUUAACUUACUGCAGCCUUCAGUAGGCACUGAACAGAGUGGGUAUGUACUGAAUUUUGCCAACGGGGAUUCCCCCCCCCCCCCCACAAUCCAUUACCCAGUGUAGCUUCCACAUUGCCACCAGUAUCAUUGCACAGCCAGAAAGGACAAUCCAGGAAAAACUGUAACAUUAAUUGCAAAAAUUAAGACAUACUGAACAAUUGUUUUAAAACUUGGCAGCCCUUCCAAAAUACCUUCUGGAGCACCUUGAAGGGACAGAUCAUAGCUAUUGAAAAGAGGGUCAUGAAAGUCAGCUUAACAGCUAGUUUCCACAAUCUGAAUUAAAAAGGGAAAGCAAGGGAAAUCCAUAGUGAUUACAGUGGGAGGAGCAAACUCAAUAUGCUUGUGGAUCUCCUGGCAAAACCUUGUGGGAGGGAUACAGCAAAGCACCCCAAAUUUGCCCAAUUGUCUGGCAUAUCAGGGGUGGGGUGGGUAAUAAACCAUGCUGCAUAGCAUUGUUUGCAGUAUGUACUAUAAGGUCAGGUGAAUCUUCCCAGAGCAUAUAUUGUUCAGGUAUGUAAGAAUUGAGAUGCUGCCAGACAGAAGGUCCUGGCACUAACAGAGACAUUUUGCAGUUAUUCAAUCUUUUCUGCUGAAAGGAAAAAAGACAAAAGUGGUAUUAAAACAAGGUAGGAUUACAAAUGGAAGAUGUUGUCAUCUGCCUGCACCCUGCCCAGAAAAUUUUGUGAAAGAGAGAGGAGGGUGGCUCUGUAAAAGCUUUUUCUGGACACAUCCCUGAAAGCUGUUUUCAGUGUGUGUCUGUACUCCUUUGUUAUGGCAAAUGAAGGUUGAUUGCCAUCUCAGUGUUUCAGUCCUAAUGCUUGAAAUCAGAUAUGCACAUUAAUGAUAUUUGCCAAUAGUUGCUCCAAAAUCAUGAAUAUGCAUACCUACCACUUUUAAACAUAGAAGCUGAAUUUCUUGGUUGUUGAGUUGUGCCUGGAAAUCCCAAGCAUACGAAGUUACUUUAGGCUAUAUUAGACCAUGAAUCCAUCCAGCGCAAGGGAGCAGAACCUCUGACCAAUGGGUGUCCAGGAAUUCCUCAUAGGGCAUCCCCAACUGAUCUCUCAGACUGGAGAGAACAGUGCGGAUUCCCCUACUGAAGCAUACCGGUUGCAGUACCCCCAGUAUUCCUGAUCUGGUAUAUGAAAGUGGAGAUAUGAUCGAGUGGCUGUUCCUGGCACGGGUCAUGUCCUACUGUCCCAGAUUUUCCCAUCUCUGCUGUUAAGUACAAACUGAGAUUGGCGCUAAUAGCAGCGAUGCGAGCAUGUGGUAACCUAUUCCUUGCCCAUCCCACCCCCUUCCUACAGUGGGAGAAAGAAGGUGAGGCAGGUGAACCAGACUGAAUCCCACUUAUUCCUCCAUGGGGAAGUGAAUUGGACCCAGCUGCUUCUGUCCUGUCCUUGGCCUGUCCUGCCUCCUUUUCCCAUUGCAAGAAAGAAGCAGUGCAGGUAAAGAUGGGAUAGAAUUGACUUGUUCCAUCUCCUCUCCAUCAGAGAAGAGAGGAGAAUAGGCUAACAUGAAGUAUGAAAGAACCACCUAGUCCUUGGGCCAAGGACCAAAUGUUUGUGAUAACAGAUUGCUGCUAGGACAUUCCAUAUGCAAAAUAUAUGCUCUGUGACUAUGCUAGAUCCCUUCCCCUGGUAGGAACAACAUUGUGUUUUGUGCAUCUCUUACAUACACACAUUCCCUU